CCCGACGGAUAUGAAGACCCUGGUCAUCGCAGCUGCCUUCGUGGCGUAUGUCGCUGUCAGUGUCAGCGGUGAUGCCGAAGCUGAUGCUGAGCCCAGCCGGUAUGGAGGUGGCUUUGGAGGCCAUGGGCUCGUGUCCUACAGGCCCGUGUACAGCAGCUACGGAUACGGACGCUGGAAGAGGAGUGCUGAGGCUGAGCCCGAAGCUGAUCCUUCCCGCUUCGGAUACGGGUAUGGCGGCUAUGGGCACGUGUCCUACAGGCCUGUGUACAGCAGCUUCGGAUACGGACGCUGGAAGAGGAGUGCUGAGGCCUGA